AUUACUUGUCAGUGAUAUCGUCAGUAACAAUCGUGGUUUGUAGCUGAACGACUUUUUCUUGACUGUCAUGAAAAAUUUUCACAUGACGAUUUGUCGCAGAGAUAUCAGCGUUUAAACAGAAAAUAAUCCUUUUGGCUUUGAUCAUCGAUAUUUCAGGUACCAAUGAUCGCACAGAAAGUUGAAGGGCGGUGAUAAAAACUUAAAUAAAUUCCCUUCGAGACCCUAUCAUCAUUUUUUGAAAAAAAAACUUUUUUCCAUUUUUAGCAUCCAUUAGAAAUCAAAUUUUGUGACCCGGGACGUUCAAUUAAAACUAUUAGUCAUCAUUUCUUUUAUCAUCAUACAUUAGUAUACGAUAAAUAUAGAUUCAUAUACGAUAAAUAAUUCUGGUAUCGCUUUUUUAUCAAUCAAGACUGCUACGAUAAGAGCACGUAACUAUAACUUAAAAGAACCAAAAUUAAGUAUUGGUGCAUCGAUCACUUAUUAUCGAUAUCGUCAGUAAUAAUCGUGAUUUGUAGCUGAACGACUUUUUCUUGACUGUCAUGAAAAAUUUGAACAUGAAAAAAUUAUGGGCUGCCUCGCUCGCAAUAUGUAUUUCAAUGACAUCAGCCGGAACUUUGAAUAAUACAAUGGACCAGUCAUCUGGAAAUAAGUUAAAUUGUACGACUCGAGGAUGUGUAAUGGAUAAUUUGGAAUUCGAAUUGAAUUUAAUCUCUAAUAUGAAUAUGAGCGUCGAUCCCUGCGAUAAUUUUUAUGAAUUCGCUUGUGGUAAUUUUGAUAACGUUCCCGCUGAUGCACAUUUAGUUCGCCAAUACUUUAAUGUCCCAUCGAGCGCCAUGUAUGAUAAAAUUUACGAUUCAAUAAAUAAAAGCGAACCAAUAGAUUCACCGAAGCAAUUUCAUUUCCUGAGAGACUACAUGAUUUCUUGUGAAAAAGUGAACUCUAAUAACAACGAUAAGUAUCCUGGUAUCAAAGCAGACAAACUAGAUGAUUUAACAGAAAUAAUAUCUAAACUAGGUGAGUGGCCCGUUAUCAAAGGCUCUAAAUGGAACAGCUCUAAUUUCGAUUGGAUGAGUUUUAAUAACAAAGCAGGAAAUCUCGGCGCCGCUAAAAACUUAUUCCUUUAUUUACGUACUAAACUACGUGACGGGAGUAAGCAAUUGCAUCCACAAGAAUUUGAAUUUUCGUAUGAAAAUAUAAAGAAUCUCCAGAAUAAUAUCACAAUCAAUGCUUACUAUAAGUAUAUGGUCGAUGUUGCUAAACUUCUUGGUGCGAAUGAAACACAAGCAAAAAUAGAACUCAUGGAAUCAUUUCAAUUUGAACUCAAACUUAUCAAUAUAAGCAAUAACAAUGAUAUAGCAUUAAAUAAUGUAGAUAACGCCAGCAAAAUGUCGCUCAAAGAGAUAAAAGAAAAGUGGCCAGGUAUCGAAUGGGAUAAACUGAUCACUGUGACAACUGAAUCGCAAAAAAAAUUUAACUACCUAAAUGAAACGAUGAUUUCCAUAGAAAUUCAUCAUUAUAUAACAGAACUGGAAAAAUUAAUGAAAGAAACUCCAAAAAGAGUCCAAGCCAAUUACGCUGUAUGGAAGACAAUUCAAUCUAUGGUUCCAAUGGUUGAAUCCGUCACUCUAUUUAAACUUUACGUAGCUUAUUCUAAAAUAAGGAACCCAUUUGCAGUCUUUGACGACAUCGACUGCUUUGAUAACCUUAAAAUUAAGUUACCAGAACUUAUGUACUUCUACUAUGUACAUCACUUCUCAAUCGACAAACGUGCCAAAACUCAUGCAGAUCAAUUAACUUCCGACAUAAAAAAAAAAUUUUUAGAUAUUUUGAGUAAUACGUAUAAAUCGGAUAUUAAAACUAAAGAUAAACUAACUGCGGCAAUCAAGUCUUUGAAGUUUGUCGUUGGUUAUCUUGACGAAGUCUUUGAUGAUAAAAUAUUGGGCGAAUUUUAUCAAGGCCUUGAAAUAACUCCUGACAGUUAUCUAAAGAAUUACUUGAACUUGACUUUAUUCAAUGGCAAAAAACGUACAGAAGUGUGGGAGAAGCCACUAAUUUUCAUUAAUUGGAUGAAUAUGUUCAAACUAUUAAAACCGUUUGAAAUCAGUGGUGUAAACGUGCCUGUAUUGAAUACUAUUGUUAUAGGUAUCGAAAGAUUAAGAAAUUUGUCCUUCAGUAUUAAUCGUCCAGAUCACAUUAAUUUGGCCACGUUUGGAUUCACUCUAGGGCAUGAAAUGGGGCAUACCAUUCAUGUUUCUUACGAUGUUGUCGAUGAGUUCGGAAUAAAAGACAACGGAUGGAGUAUUUUGGCAGAUGAAAAAUUUAAAGAAACAGAAGAGUGCUUAAUUGAACGAUUCUCGAAUUAUUCUACCGAAACAACUGGAGAAAAACUAGACGGUUCAUUCUUUUUGGAAGAAAAUAUUGCCGACAACAUCGGUAUACAAGUUGCUUAUUCGGUCUACCAAGAUUGGGUCAAAAAGUAUGGACCCGAAGCCACUUUUUCUAACUUGCCUUAUAAUUCGAAUCAGUUCUUUUGGCUAUCAUAUGCAACUCAAUUUUGCAGAUCAAAGUCAUUAUUGUCUUCAAUUGAUUGGACCAAUAAGCAUGCUCCACUCGAUAAACGUGUUAUUGGAACGCUCUCAAACAGCCCAGAAUUUUCAAAAGAUUUCAAUUGUUCCUUAGGCUCUAACAUGAAUCCAGUUAAAAAAUGUAGCGUAUUUUGAUAAAAAUAUUCAAUUAUUUCUUGUAAUCGGGGUAAACCCAAUAAUUUCCCGGCCUUUUCAAAAAUGCUAUUAUCAGUUAACUUAUGAGCUCUUUGAGCUGAAUAAACGGCUGUAUAAAAUAAACAUAUAUUUUGCUGGAAAAA